AUGUCAGACGACUUAGGAUUGCCACCACCCAACGUGGACAUCGAGGAGCCCGUGGAAGUGUCUGCUGCGUCGUCAGCGUCACCAGCUCCCAACACGCUCCAGCCGCUGGGAUCGGCCAGCCCCACCAUUUCAUCGUCUUCGUCGUCGUUCGUGCCAAUUGACCAGCACCACGUCCAAGACGCCAUCCAGGUGAUCAAUGAGCACAAGCAGUUCAACCAGCAGAUCAUGGAAUACAUCCACGGCGCCACUCUGCCUGGCCAGAUCGUGGGCAACGACUACCACAUCAUCUCUGUGUUCGGAUCGCAAUCGACAGGCAAAUCGACGUUGUUGAACCGGCUCUUCAACACCAACUUCGACGUCAUGGAAGAGUCACGCCGCCAGCAGACCACCAAGGGUAUCUGGAUGGCGGUUUCGCCUGAAGUCAGCACCACCUCCUCCAAAAAGAGCACUGAGAACGUGUUUGUGAUGGACGUGGAGGGCACAGACGGCAGAGAGAGGGGAGAGGACCAGGACUUCGAGCGAAAGGCGGCGUUGUUUGCGUUGGCCACCUCGGAAAUCCUCAUCAUCAAUAUCUGGGAGACCCAGGUCGGAUUGUACCAAGGAGCCAACAUGGGCCUUCUCAAGACGGUGUUCGAGGUCAACUUGUCGUUGUUUGGCCAAUCCAAGUUGGAAAACAACACCCACAAGGUGUUGUUGUUGAUAGUGAUCCGAGACCACAUUGGCGUAACGCCUCUUCAGGCGUUGGCAGAGACCUUGAUCACCGACUUGAACAAGAUGUGGUUAGACUUAAGCAAGCCCGCCGAGUUGAGCCACCUCAAGUUCUCAGACUUCUUUGAUGUGGACUUCCACGCAUUGCACCACAAGGUGCUCCAGCCAGACGAGUUCAGCAAGGACGUCAAGUUGUUGGGAGACCGCUUGGUGGUCAAGAAAGAGUUGUUCAAGCCCAAUUACCAUCACCAGAUUCCCGUGGAUGGGUGGACCAUGUACGCAGAGAACUGCUGGGACCAGAUUGAUAACAACAAGGACUUGGAUCUUCCCACUCAGCAAAUCUUGGUUGCGAAAUUCAAGUGCGACGAGAUCUCUAACGGGGUGUACGACGAGUUUGUGGCCAAGCACCAUGGCUUGUUCGACGACAAGGUGCCAGGAGAAAACGUUGACUAUGAACAGAUGGGAUUGGCCAUGGUGGACUUGCGGGAAGACACUCUCGACGACUACGACACCAGUGCGUCCAGGUACAACCAGACCAUCUACGAGCAGAAACGGCAGGCGUUGAAGGAGAAGAUCCACGCCAAGUUCCGUGAGGUGUUCGACGUGCAUGCCAAGUGGGUCGUGGAGACUGGCGUGGGCCAGUUUGCGACAGACAUCAAGAAGUUGAAGACAAGAAAGGACAAGUCGUUCUUCCAGGGAGCACAGGAGUUGGAGCACAAGUAUGUGUCGUUGAUCAACACCAGCCUACAAUUGAUCUCGUUGGGCGAGUUCCACGACUCCGAGGUGAUCCUGGACGUCAAGGCCAGAUUCGACGCUGUGGUCGCCAAACAGCAGGUGGUGGAAAUGAAGGCUAUCAUUGGGCGUGCCCUUGCCAAGAUCGAUGCGGGAGUUUCCAAGGCCCUCCAGCAAGAGUUGGCGUCGCCCGACGACCAGACGUGGGAACGUGUGAUGGCACGGUUCCACGAGUUGUUGGCAGAGGUCAAGGCCAGGUACGCUGGCACUGGAACCGUGCCGGAUUUUGGGCUUGGCACCAGUGACAGCGACAAUGUGGCGGGGGUCGAGAGGUUGCAAGUGCAAGCGUGGGUUGCAUUGCACUCGGUGGUACACCGAGUAAUCACUAGGGACAGCGUGCUCCAGUUGAUGAAGGACAAGUUUGAGGACGUGUUCCGGUACGACGAGAACGGGAUGCCACGGCUCUACCAGAAGGUGGAGGAGUUGGAAACCAGCUUUGGGGCUGCCCGCAAGCAAACCCAGCAGAUGGUGCCGGUGCUAGAGGAGAUGCGCACCAGCGAGGGCGCGGUGGUGCCGCGGUACAGCGCCAGGGCGAUGCGUGCCGCGGGCUUCGGGGCGCGCGCUCGUGCUAGCGACGCCGCUAGCGAGGGUAGCGACGAUGAUAGCAACAGCGACUCCGACGACAGUGAUAACGAAACCACCCCCACUCCCUUCUCCCAGGUGCUCUCCCCCGCGGACCGGGACCACGUCGCCUCCCGGUUCAAGCGUGAAACCGACGCCCAGUUUGUCGAAACAAAGCGUCUGGUCAUCCAGCACGCCACUCACAUCCCCUACUACGUGUGGCUUGUUAUGCUCGUGCUCGGCUGGGGCAAGCUCGUGGCCAUUCUGCGCAACCCGUUCUUGUUCGCGUUGUUGCUCAUGGCCGCUGCUGGUGUUUACGUGUUGCACUCGAUGCUGAUGUUGCGUCCGGCCAUGGUGGUAGUGUCGCGGAUGGGUGACGAGGCCGUGGUUCAAAUCAAGGCCAAGUUGCGCCAGGUGUUGCUCGACACCGAGGACGACCCGGCCCAGGUCCAUGGUGCGCGCAUGGCCAAGAUGGGGGGGCACCAACGGUAG